AUGGCGGCGAGUGCUGGGCUGGAGGCGGCGUGGGCGGCGGCGCUGCUGGUGCUAGCGCUUGCGGGGACGGCGGAGGCGGUGGGGGCGGAGGCGCUGGCGGCGCUGGCGCUGCUGGGUGCCGCGGGGGCGGCGGGGGCCGAGGCGCCGGCCACGGCGGCUGCGGCGCCACCCCCAGGGCUGGCGGCGGGGGCGGGGGCGGGCGCGGCGGUGGCGUCGGGACGCUGCGAGGAGAUCCGCAUCCCCAUGUGCCGCGGCGUCGGCUACAACCUCACCUCCAUGCCCAACGAGCUCAACCACGACUCCCAGGAGGAGGCCGGCCUGGAGGUGCACCAGUUCUACCCGCUGGUGGAGAUCCGGUGCUCGGAGGACCUGCGGCUCUUCCUGUGCUCCGUGUACACGCCCAUCUGCCUGGAGGAGUACGAGCAGCCGCUGCCGCCGUGCCGCGGGCUGUGCGAGCGCGCGCGCGCCGGCUGCGAGCCCAUCAUGGCGCAGUACGGCUUCCCCUGGCCGGAGCGCAUGGCGUGCGAGCGGCUGCCCGUCGCGGCGCCCGCCUCCGAGAAGCUCUGCCUCGACCGCAACAGCAGCCGCGCCGCGCCGCCGGGACACGACGCCGCCGCCGGCGCCGCCUCCACCGCCAGGCCGCCGCGGCGCGGCGCUGGCAGCGGCCAGCACGCCGACUGCCGGCCCGGCAAGAAGGGCUGCCGCGGGUCGGCGCCGCCCGACUGCUCGUGCCGCUGCCGGCCGCCGCUGCUGCAGCUGCAGCCCGGCUCUCCCUGGUUCAACGCCUCCGUCCAGGUGGCCGGCGUGCACGACUGCGCCAUGCCCUGCCGCGGCGUCUUCUUCACGCAGGAGGAGAAGGAGUUCGCGGCGGUGUGGAUCAGCCUGUGGUCGGGGCUGUGCUUCGUGUCGACGCUGAUGACGCUGACGACGUUCCUGAUCGAGCCGGAGCGCUUCCGCUACCCGGAGCGGCCGAUCGUCUUCCUGUCGGGCUGCUACUGCGUGGUGAGCGCCGGCUACCUGGCGCGCGCGCUGCUGGGGCCCGAGGCGGCCGCCUGCGACGGCCCGCUGCUGCGCCACGGCCAGGCGUCGCCGCCCGGGCUCUGCGCGCUCGUCUUCCUGCUCAUCUACUUCUUCGGCAUGGCCUCCUCCAUCUGGUGGGUGGUGCUGUCGCUGACGUGGUUCCUGGCGGCGGGCCUCAAGUGGGGCAACGAGGCGAUCGCGGGCUACGCCCACUACUUCCACCUGGCGGCGUGGCUGGUGCCGACGCUCAAGUGCGUGGCCGCGCUGCUGCUCGCCGCCGUCGACGGCGACCCCGUGGCCGGCGUCUGCUCCGUCGGCAACCAGAACCCCGCGCACCUGCGCCUCUUCGUGCUCGGCCCGCUCGUGCUCUACCUGCUGGUGGGCACCUCGUUCCUGAUGGGCGGCUUCGUGUCGCUGUUCCGCAUCCGCAACGUGAUCAAGCAGCAGGCGUGCGGCGGCCGCAGCAAGGCGGACAAGCUGGAGAAGCUGAUGAUCCGCAUCGGCAUCUUCAGCGUGCUGUACACGGUGCCGGCGACGAUCGUGAUCGGCUGCUACCUGUACGAGAGCAGCUGGCACGCGGCGUGGACGCGGCCGCUCGUGUGCCCGUGCGCGCCGCGCUCGCCGCGUCCGCUCUACUCGGUGCUCAUGCUCAAGUACUUCAUGGCGCUCGCCGUCGGAAUCACGUCGGGCGUCUGGAUCUGGUCGGGCAAGACGCUCGACUCGUGGCGGCGCCUGUGGCGGCGCCUGUGCGGCGCGCCGCCGCUGCCCGCGCCGCCCCCGGCGCGCAAGCUGCCCGGCGCGCCGCCCCCGCACGCGGCCGCCCCCGCCGCCCCGGCCGCCGGCACGCCCGCGCCCGGCUCGACGCUGCUGGCCGCGCCGCACGUGGCCGUGGGCGGCGGCGCGGGCGGCGGGCCCCCGCAGCACCACCACGUGCUCAAGGCGGGGCCCCCGCCCGCCCCCGCCUCGCACGUAUGA